AUGGGGGUGCCCAAGUUCUACCGCUGGAUCUCGGAGCGCUACCCCUGCCUCAGCCAGGUGCUGAAGGAGCAUCAGAUUCCAGAAUUUGAUAACUUGUACCUGGACAUGAAUGGUAUUAUACAUCAGUGUUCACAUCCCAAUGAUGAUGAUGUUCACUUCAGAAUUUCAGAGGAUAAGAUUUUUGCUGAUAUUUUUCACUAUUUGGAAGUACUAUUUCGUAUUAUUAAACCAAGGAAGGUUUUCUUCAUGGCAGUUGAUGGAGUAGCUCCAAGAGCAAAAAUGAAUCAGCAGCGUGGGAGACGCUUUAGAUCAGCAAAAGAAGCAGAGGACAAAAUCAAGAAGGCUUUAGAAAAGGGAGAAACUCUCCCUACAGAGGCCAGAUUUGACUCUAAUUGUAUUACACCAGGAACUGAAUUCAUGGCCAGAUUGCACGAACAUCUUAAAUAUUUUGUAAAUAUGAAGAUUUCCACAGACAAAUCCUGGCAAGGAGUAACGGUCUACUUAUCAGGCCAUGAGACUCCAGGAGAAGGAGAACAUAAGAUUAUGGAGUUUAUCAGAGCUGAAAAAGCAAAACCCCACCACGAUCCAAACACAAGACACUGUCUCUACGGUUUAGAUGCUGACUUGAUUAUGCUGGGAUUAACAAGUCAUGAAGCACACUUUGCACUCUUAAGAGAAGAAGUCAGAUUUGGUGGUAAAAAAUCUCAAAGAGCAUGUGCACCAGAGGAAACCACAUUUCAUUUACUACACUUAUCACUAAUGAGAGAAUAUAUUGACUACGAAUUUUCACCAGUAAAAGACAAAAUAUCCUUUGAAUAUGACAUAGAAAGGAUAAUAGAUGAUUGGAUCUUAAUGGGUUUCCUUGUAGGCAACGAUUUUAUCCCUCAUCUACCUCAUUUACAUAUUAAUCAUGAUGCACUGCCGCUACUUUAUAGAACAUACAUGGCCAUCUUGCCAGAAUUGGGAGGUUACAUAAAUGAAAAUGGACAUCUGAACUUAAAACGCUUUGAGAAGUAUCUUUCAAGAUUGUCAGAUUUUGAUCGUGAACACUUCAGUGAAGUCUUUGUAGACUUAAAGUGGUUUGAAAGUAAAGUAGGCAAUAAAUACCUCAAUGAGGCAGCUGGUGUUGCAGCAGAAGAAGCCAGAAACAAUAAACAAAAGAAACAUAAGGCUCAGGAAAAUUCUAUAUGUUUGGCUGCUCUAGAAAAAAAUGAAGAUGAAGCUAUGACCUCAAAAAAUACAUUGGAGGAUGAACCAGAAGAUGAUGAUCUUUUUGAAACUGAGUUUAGGCAAUACAAGAGAACUUACUACAUGACUAAGAUGGGUGUAGAAGUAGUUUCUGAUGACUUCCUGGCUGACCAAGCUAAAUGUUAUGUCCAGGCAAUACAGUGGAUUUUGCACUAUUAUUACCAUGGAGUUCAGUCAUGGAGCUGGUAUUAUCCUUAUCAUUAUGCACCUUAUCUGUCAGAUAUUCGCAACAUCAGUGAACUCAAAAUCAAAUUUGAACUGGGAAAACCUUUCAUGCCAUUUGAACAGCUUCUUGCUGUACUUCCAGCAGCUAGCAAAGCCUUGUUACCUAAAUGUUACCAGCAUUUGAUGAUUAGUCAAGACUCUCCUAUUAUAGAAUAUUAUCCACCAGAUUUUAAAACUGACCUAAAUGGCAAACAGCAAGAGUGGGAAGCUGUAGUAUUAAUCCCAUUUAUUGAUGAGAAACGGCUCCUGCAGGCCAUGGAAUCAUGUAAUAAGUGCCUAAAGGAAGAGGAGAAACGAAGAAAUACUCACAGUGCUUGCUUAAUGUACUGGUAUGACAAAGAUACAGAGUUCAAAUACAUGUCACCGUGGCCAGAAAAAUUCCCUGCAAUAGAAAGGUGUCAUUCCAGGUAUAAAACAAUUCCUUUGGAUGCCUGGCAUGUAGAAAUAACCCACAAUAAAAUAACUAAAAUCAACAAGAGUGCAUUAUAUUUCUGUGGAUUUCCUACUUUAAAGCACAUUAAACAUAAGUUCUAUCUUAAAAAAAGUGGUGUACAGGUGUUUCAGCAAAGCAGCCAUGGAGAAAAUAUGAUGUUAGAAAUCAUAGUUGAUGAGAAUCCACAAGAGCAGACUGUAGAAAACGUUGCCAGUUCGGUACUUGGAAAGCUUGUUUUUGUUAACUGGCCACACCUUGAAGAAGCCAGAGUUGUUGCUGUGUCAGAUGGAGAAACCAAGUUUUUUUUGGAAGAACCGCCUGGAACACAGAAGCUUUACAUGGGAAAUGCAGUGCCGCCAACUAAAGUGGCGUAUGUGGGAGAUAAGGAACAAAAUGUAUGGUUAAAAGAAGUUCAAGGAGUUUCAGAACAUUACCAGAGAAGAAAAGGAAUAAUUAUUCAUGAAACAUCAGUAGUUGUUUAUGCUCAGUUACUCACUGGUAAUAGAUAUCAACUGAAGCAAAAUGGUGAAGUUUAUUUGGAGAAACAGUGGUCAAAGCAAGCUCUUCCUUUUGUUUACCAAACUGUUGUCAAGGAUAUUAAAGCCUUUGACUCUCGUUUUUCAAACAUCAAAACUUUGGAUGACUUGUUUCCACCUGGGAGUACUGCCUUUAUGCUGGGAUCUCCUUACUAUGGCUGCAUGGGAGAAGUUCAAGAUUCACAUGAUGUGAUCUCGGAAGGUAGAAUUCGUGUGGUUUUCAACAUUCCAUGUGAACCCCAGCUUGAUCCCUUAAUUCAGAACCAGCAUAAAUAUUCUGUGAAAUACAAUCCUGCGUAUAUUUUGGCCAGUCGUCUUGGAGUAAGCGGAUAUCUUGUCUCCAGAUUUACAGGGAGUAUCUUUAUUGGAAGAGGAUCAAAGAAAAAUCCUCAUGGAGAUCACAAAGCAAAUGUGGGGCUGAACCUGAAAUUUAAUAAGAAAAACGAAGAAGUUCCUGGCUAUACUAAGAAAGUUGGAAAUGAAUGGAUGUACUCUUCUGCAGUAGAGCAACUACUUGCUGAAUAUUUAGAAAGGGUGCCUGAGCUCUUCAAUUAUAUAUCCAAGAAUAGCCAAGAAGACAUAUUCUAUGAAGAUGACAUUUGGCCUGGCGAGGAUGAGAAUGGGGCUGAGAAAGUUCAAGAAAUUGUUGCCUGGCUAAAGGCACAUCCUGUGUCUGCUUUGUCUCGCUCAUCUUGUGACUUGCAAAUUUUGGAUGCAGCCAUCGUUGAGAAAAUUGAAGAAGAAAUAGAGAAAUGCAAGCAGAGGAAGAGCAACAAGAAGGUGCGAGUAACUGUGAAACCUCACUUGCUAUAUCGACCUUUAGAGCAGCAGAAUGGAGUUGUUCCUGAUCGAGAUGCAGAGCACAGGCUGUUUGAUCGUGUUGUCAAUGUGAGAGAGAACUUUUCUGUUCCUGUUGGUCUUCGAGGCACCAUUAUAGGAAUUAAAGGAGCCAGUAGAGAAACGGAUGUACUCUUUGAAGUUUUGUUUGAUGAAGAAUUCCUUGGAGGUCUAACUAUAAGGUGCUCACCUGCCAGAGGUUAUCGUCUGCCAUCAAGUGCCUUAAUUAAUCUAUCUCAUGGUAAUCGGUCAGAAAUGGGAAAUCAAAAACUGACUGCCAUAGUUAAACCCCAGCCGGCUGUGAAUAACUACACUGCAUAUGGAUCUGAUCUAUCAUCCGUAAGCUCCCAAAAAGGGCACCUGGGAGGUCUCAACCAUUCUCCUCGUUCCCUUUUUAUUCCUACUCAACAGCUGAGUGGAAGGCAGCAUUACAGUCUCAGGGCUGAAAAUCAGGGCAACACCGGUUCACUCCAGAAAGGAUCAUUUUUGAGUGGCAAUCAGAAAAACAAACCACAGAGUAAGCAAGAUGAUGAAUUCUGCAGCAUAUGGCAAUCAUUGCAGGGUUCUGGGAAGUCUCACCACAUUCAGCAAAGUACGCAUGAGAAGGGUGCAGUUCUACCUCAAGAAGUCAAGCUGGGAACUGGCAAUCAGUUCUACAAGCCAGGCUUCAAUGAGAGCAGCCUUAAAGGCCAGCAAAGAAAACAGGAGCCAUAUAAAAAAUUUAAAGAAGAUUCUAAAAUUACAAGAAGUGAAAGUCAGCCUCAUAAUAAAAUAUCAAAUAAACAGAAUUUUGCAGGACAUAAGUAUAAUGUCAAACUUUUGAAGAGAAAUGAAAGUCCCAGUGUGCCUGUAAUGCAGAAGACUUCAGUUGACGGUCCAUGUACAGCUAGAAAGGACAAUGAGCUUGAAAGCCUUCUAGCUUCUUUGAAAAUUCCCAAAGAAAAUGAAGUGCAGAAUAACACCAAGGAAGCAAGAGCUACGAACGAAGAACAUCUGUCACCACAGUCAUUUGCUAUGAAAGGAACACAGAUGCUCAAAGAAAUCUUGAAGAUAGACAGUCCUGACCUGGAAACCAAGAAUGAAGUGAAAUCCCAAGUUAAUGAUGUUCCCACUCCCCUCAGUAGACAGGAUUCCCAUGGAGCUGCCUUGCAAUAUAGACAAACAAAAAAAAUGGCUGCUUAUAUGAACAAGCCUCAUAACAUUGGAGGCCCUCAGAAUGCAUCAGCACUGGAAACUGGAGGUCACCCUUUUAUUGGUCCACAGCCUACACUGUCAACUCCUGUUUCUGAGCUUUUUCAUAUUUGUUCUCUACUUGGAAUGUCACAACCUGAUUUCUCUUUCCUGAAAACACCACAGACCAUGACAGUUUGUCACAUAAAGUUAUCCAAUGGUUUGUUGGUUCAUGGACCACAGUGUCAUUCUGAAACUGAAGCCAAGGAAAAAGCUGCACUUUUUGCUUUACAGAGAUUGAGCUCUAUAGGAGUGAACUUUCCAUUGUCUCCACCUCCACCAGUGUUUCCAAACUAUCAACCUCUGGGUGUUCCUGUACCACCUGGAUCUAUUCCUCCAGUCUUUACACAGCCCCCUGCAAAUAUAAUGCCUCCAUCAUCUCACAUGUUUGGUCCAAUGUCCUGGGGAGCUCCAGUGCCUAUUCAUGGCAAACAUUAUUAUCCUGGUGCCUAUCCAGGAAAUAUGCCUCUUGCAGGAACUAUACCAGUUGGUACUCACAACCAGUUUAUACCUCUACAGGUAACUAAAAAAAGGGCUGCUAGCAAGAAAAACUUUGAGUUCAAGGAGUUUCAGAGUUCCCCUCAAGCUGCACCACUAAGGAAUGAACAGCCAGUGUCUUCUGACCACAUUCAGCAAGAUAGUUCUUCAGCUCCUUUAAAAUCUACUCAAGCUGCUCAAUCCACUGUUUCAUUUCAAGACAAUGUGAAUACUCCAAGCGUUCCUCAUAACAAAUCAACACCAAACACUUCCAGCAAGCGAAAGCCAAGAAAGCUGGCUGUCAAUUUUGGCGCACCAAAAUCUUCAGACUAAAUAUGGUAGCUAGGUGGAUUUUAUCUUUAACUCUUCCCCCAAUGUUUUGUUACAUCAUUUAAAAAAAUCAGAAAGCUCUAUUAAAUUAAACAGCCUUUUAAGGAUAAAAUAGAAUGAAAUACAUUUUAUUUGCUAUGCUUUCCAGGUUGUUAUGAAAACUAUAGAAAUGAUGUUAAAACUAAUUAUUUUGAUUAAAUUAAUAAAAGCCAGGAAAAUGCUGAGUUAAGGUUACCAUGCCAUCCAUUGUGCCUAGGUUUCUGAACAGUGGCUUACAAACUCUACUGGGUGAGCAGCAAUAACAGUGGCAACCCUAAUUCAGAAUUGCCUUGCUUUUUGGGUGGGAUAUGGAGCAGUAAUAAGUUGGGCAUCAAACAUCGCUUAGUAUGAUAUUUUGUAUUCUAGCUUAUUUUUAAAUAGAAGAUUGAAAUAAAAAUAAAAAUAACUUAAAUGCAGUUUUCUUAUCGGCUCUCCAGGUCUUUUUGAUCUGAAUCGGUAUGAAUAGAACCUAACUACAGUGGAACUGCCAAAUUUCUUAUAACUGUGAACUGUAAGUUUUAUACCAAAGGCCAACAACUGUACAAAUUUCAGAAUUUAGAUAAUAGUCUCUGGAAUUAGAGUGGCAAAAGUGGUUGCUGAUGCAGAACCAGUUCCAGGAGAUAAAUUUGUAGAAUGUAUAGAAUUGAAGAAAAAAAAGUGCAUCUACAAAUUAGAGUCCUCUCUGAUAAAGUAUAUUAAAUUUUUGAACUAGCAGUUUUAUUGAUUUCAUUGUUUUGGUAAAUUAAGCCAGAUAGCUACUACAAAUCUACAUGCCCCCCUAAAAUGCCAGUAAUGUCCUGAAGUUUUUUUAAUUACAAAAAUGAGCAGAGUAUAAAGAUGUCCGUUUGUAUAGUUUGACUGUCAAAAUUAUGCUUGUUCAGAUUCCGUUUUUCCCUCCAACAGUCUGUGCCCUGAAACUUUCUCUAUAGUACAUUGUUUUGUUGGUAGGUGACUUAAUAUUUAGUUUUGUGGCAGAAGUUCUGUGUAGCAAAACCAACAUUAAAUGGUCAUAAAUUAUUAGCAUUAGUUCCGUAAUGAUAUCCAGGCAAAAAUUUGACUUGCAUUUCUGGAGGGAGCUGUGUUUUAGGAAGUAACACCAUUCUGUUCAUGCUUCAAAAAAAAAAGGUCCCUUUGCUGUUUUAACUCAUAUAUACAGUUCUCAUUCACAUUAAUAGGAAUUCUUCAUUUUAAGAUUUUUUUAAUUUGAAGCUUUAGUUGUUAUUGUUUUACUGGCAUUCAUUGGAUCUUUUUUCAUUUUCUUCUUUGCUCUGAUCUGUUCCAGGAAAAAAAAAAUUCUCUAAGCUUAGAAAGCUUAGUAAUAAAGCACAAUUUCUUCUUCAGUGAUCUGCUUUGUUGCCUUCAAACAGGUUUCC